AUGAGUCGUGUAGGUACUUUCGUUAUCAGAAAUUCGACUCGAAGCGUGUAUAAUCGUCGGCCAUGUUAUAAAUACAACGUUUUGCUUUGUUUCGCUCAUUGUGCCUAAUAAGCUUGCUUUGGUUAGGUUAGUGAAGUUUUUAAUCAGUGUUUGAAGCUAAAGGUUGUGUUUAACGUCUUUGAAAUGGGUGCAGAGCAAUCUACCACGAGUAGGAGCAAUGCCUCGACUCCAACACAGAGACAGAUGAGUCAGGCCGAAGUCAAGCGAAUGCUGGACCAGCAGAGGCAGCAGUACGAGAGGAAACUGCAAGAGGUGGUCAAUAAAACGAAGCAGGAGGCAGCUGCCAGACCCCCUACUCCUCAAACUAUAAGCAUGGAAAGAGAGCGAGCGCCGUACAGUUAUGCUGGACCCGCUCUGCAGCAAAACGCAGCCCCUAGUACGCCACAGCCUCUAUACCCCAAUCUGAACCAGCCCCAAGCGUACCCGUAUCAACCCCAACCCAACAACCAAUUCCACCCCCAGCCCAACAACAACCAAUUUCAUCCCCAAGUCAAUAACAACCCUUUCCAGCCGCAGAGGCCGAAUGACUUCGUUUUCGUUAACAACUAUGGACAAACUGAAAGUUACAAUAGACCUGCCCCGUCGGCGCCGUUCCUCCCGAAUCGAAGAGGUCGCGGACAGGGGCCCAGGCCGCGAUCUAUCAGCAGACAGCGCAACGAGCCCCAGGAGCGUGACGUCCUAGACUGUCCGACUUGCCACUCGCGGUUCGGCCUGCGGAUCUACCAGUGCGACAGUGGGCACAGCUCGUGCAGCGAGUGCAAGAAUAGAGGCCGAGUGUGUGGCAUCUGUCGCCAGGUCCUCACUAACAGGAGGAACUUUGACCUCGAGAACCAUAUGGCUCAGACGAAAGCGUUGUGCCCAAACGCUAGCGAGGGCUGUAAGCUGUACAUCAAGAUCUCUGACAUGGACACACACCUGCGCGAGUGUCCCUUCAAGGAGCAGGAGUGUCCGCUCGCCGCCGUGUUCGGCACUUGCUGCUGGAGAGGAAAACUAAGCCAAAUAGCGGGUCAUUUCGACCAAAUGCAUCCAAGCGGCCGUCAGACUGACGUCGAUACUGAAAUGGCUCUGACAAACGUGCAGAACACGAGCCAAGAGGUGCAUUUAGUCGUGUUAGGAACGUACAACUUCCUAGUCCACGUUAAAGUAUCAGAAACUGACGGCAAAGUCUACAUGGCCGUCCAACUUAUUGGUACCAAGUUCAGCGCCGCGAAAUGGAACUACGAAAUCCACGUUUACAAUAAAAACGAAAAGCACCGCAAGUACACUUACACAGACAACUGUAUGUCGUCCAACGACAAAGUAGAGGACAUAUUUAAAGAUGGCGAAUGUGCUGUGUUGCCAGUGUGGUACGCCAAUACAUUCGUGCACAACGGUGUUAUGAAUUACAAGUUUUUUAUCAAGAAAUCUGAGGAAGCCAUCGCAGAAGAUUCAGAGAGCCGUGGGGAGAAAGAAAGCAGGAAAGGGCAAAAACAAAAGACACACGCAGUUAACAAGCAUCAACGCGUAAAGGCGAACCGCGGGAGAUCAUCUUCCCUUGCCUCGGAAAAUAGAAAAAACUAGCUACCAACCGACUGAGUAGAAAUAAAG